UCUUACAGCUCCACCUCUUCUUCUCAGUCUCUCAUUUCUGUAGAAAUCUCUCUCUCUCUCUCUCUCUCUCUCUCUCUCUCUCUCGAUUUCUAGGGUUUCGAUCUUUCAUGAACGUACAGAAACCAGAUCGGAUCUCUUAUGGCGGAUUCAAGCACCAACAAUGCCGACGCCACGACUCCAUCUCCUCACCAUCCCGUCUUUACCUCGUCCUCCCCAUGCGACGCAUCCCGGCCGUCGAUUCUGCUGUCAUCUGCUUCCUUCAAGGGACGUAGGAAGGGUUCCUCAAUCGCACGUGCCGGCACCUCUGACGUUGAUGAUCUUAUGAACCUCCUCCAUGGCUCCGACCCCGUCAAGGUCGAGCUCAAUCGCCUCGAGAAUGAGGUCCGAGAUAAAGAUAGGGAAUUGACAGAUGCACAGGCAGAAAUCAAAGCAUUGAAGUACUCAGAACGCCUUAGAGAAAAAGCAGUCGAAGAGUUAACUGAUGAGCUGCAAAAAGUGGAUGAAAAGCUCAAGGCCACUGAAGUUCUUCUGGAAAACAGAAAUCUCGAGAUUAAGAAGAUAAAUGAUGAGAAGAAGGCAGCUCUAGCUGCACAGUUUGCAGCAGAAGCCACGCUUCGAAGAGUUCAUGCUGCACAGAAGGACGAUGACAUGCCUCCAAUUGAAGCCAUCAUCACUCCACUAGAGGCCGAACUAAAGCUGGCUCGGUUGGAGGCAGCAAGGUUACAGGAUGAUAACAGAGCACUCGAUCGCCUCACCAAGUCAAAAGAGGCUGCUUUACUGGAAGCAGAGAGAACCGUUGAGAUAGCUUUGGCAAAAGCUUCCAUGGUUGAUGAUUUGCAAAACAAGAACCAAGAGCUAAUGAAGCAGAUCGAAAUAUGCCAGGAGGAGAACAAGAUUCUGGACAAGUUGCACAGGCAAAAGGUUGCAGAGGUUGAGAAGCUAAGCCAAACUGUACGUGAGCUUGAGGAAGCUGUUCUUUCUGGUGGUGCUGCUGCAAAUGCCGUGCGUGAUUACCAGCGGAAAGUACAGGAGAUGAAUGAGGAGCGGAAAACCCUUGAUCGAGAGCUAGCUCGUGCGAAGGUCACUGCAAAUCGAGUUGCAGUCGUAGUUGCAAACGAAUGGAAAGAUGCCAAUGACAAAGUAAUGCCUGUCAGGCAAUGGCUUGAAGAUAGAAGAUUUCUACAGGGAGAGAUGCAGCAGCUUCGAGAUAAACUAGCUGUAGCAGAACGUACUGCAAAAUCAGAAGCCCAGCUGAAAGAGAAGUUCCAAUUACGGCUCAAAGUUCUGGAAGAAAGGCUAAAAGCAUCACCAAAUGUCAACAGUCGCACUAUUUCAGAGGGAAGAAGCAUAAGCAAUGGCCGUUCACGCCGCCAGUCUCUUGGCGGGGCAGAAAACUUGCCGAGGUCGUCAUCUUCUAAUGGCUUUUCAUCGAGGAAAACAUCGAGUUCACCAUUCAGGUCUGCUCCUUCCAACAGUGCCACCGCAUUGUUGAAACUUGCCAAGGGUUCGUCGAGAUCGUUUGACGGUGGCAGUAGAUCAUUCGACAGGAAUAAGCCCUGCGCAAAUGGAGUGGGGCCCAGUGCUUCGCAUGGUGAAAGUGAUGAUGGGAUAAAGAACAAUGAGACAAAUGGUAUGUGUAAGGAGACCUCAGAGGGGAAACCAAGUGGAAAUAGGAAAGGGGAUCCUGAGGACUAUGUGCCAGGAUUGUUCUAUGAUAUGUUGCAGAAGGAGGUUGUCACUUUAAGAAAAGCUUGCCACGAGAAGGAUCAAAGCCUGAAGGACAAGGACGAUGCCAUUGAGAUGUUAGCGAAGAAAGUCGACACUUUGAAUAAAGCCAUGGAGGUUGAGGCAAAGAAGAUGCGGAGGGAAGUAGCUGUCAUGGAAAAGGAAGUGGCCGCGAUGCGCGUUGACAAGGUGCAUGAGUUGAGGGCACGUCGUCUCACAGCUUCCAAAGGCCCUGUAAAUGGUUCUCAGUUACUUUCUGGAAGGAACGUACGGAAUCGAUGAUGAUCAGUUGUUUCAAUUAGUAGGGUUUAUCAAUAUAUGGACGGGAUUGUUUCAAGGUUGGCACGGGUAAAUGCGUCGGGUUGCAUCUUGUCUUUCGUCUCUCGGUUUUCUUGUUUUGGGGGUGUCAUUUCCGAAGGACGCCAUUACCGGCGGGCCAGCCCAAAUGUAAAGAUCUAACGCUGUGUAUGUAUGGCUAUUAUCAUGGUUGUGUAUAUUUUUUUUCCUUUUGUAAUAAUAAGUUUGGGGUAGUUCCGAUUCUUGCA